AUGAGUCUGCAAGACGCCCUCUACAUUCCUGUGAGACUUUUACAGGAUCGCCUCUCGUUCGUGGAAACGGACCCACUCCCCUGGAAAGAAUCCGUUAUAGUAGUGUCAUGGGCCCGACAAUACCGAUACUAUUCCAAGCAAGAGGCGCCACCAAACCUCAAGAAAUUUGUUCCUCACGACAAAUUCGUCAAAUCUCAAGCAUAUGGUAAAGACAAAGCCAAAUUUUCCUUCUUCAAAACAUUCUACUCUCAAAUUUGGGAGACCAUAUUCAUUUAUUAUGGUGGUUUUGCCCUCUGUUGGGACUGGGCUGGGCAACUUCAGGACUGGAUAGGGUACUAUCCGAGCAAUCAGAUCCUACAAUCCAUCGGGUUUUCCAUGAUCUACGCUUUCAUCUCUAGUAUCACUUCGUUGCCACUCUCGGUGUAUUCGACUUUUGUUCUGGAGGAAAAGCAUGGUUUCAAUAAAACAACGCCCUCGAUCUUCCUCACAGACAUGUUGAAAGGGUGGCUCGUCGGAUUCCUUUUAGGGACGCCAUUCUUGUGGGCCUUCUUGAGCAUCUUUAAUUAUGCUGCCGUUCUAACGGCAGACCAGACUCGCAUUCCAGAUCCUUAUGGUAUUCCUAUAUCCUACGGUGAUCCAACCGCUCUUCAACAAGCUCACGCCAUUGCCGGAAGGACCCCUGCGAUCACGUAUCGAAGCGCUUGCCACCCACCUCAACAUAUUGUGGUGUAUGACACGCUCAUCAAGAACGCCAAAGUGGAUGGUGUGGAAGCGGUCCUUGCCCAUGAACUUGGGCAUUGGUACUAUUACCAUCCCACAAAAUUGAUGCUUAUUAUGCAAAUCCAUACUCUGGGAAUAAUCGCCUGCUUCCCUGCCUUCCUCCAAUCCACUCCUCUGCUUUUGUCCUUUGACUUCCCUGCCAGUGUAGCUGUCCACCCACCCGUCCUCAUUGCAUUCUUGCUAUAUCAAGCUGUUUUGACACCAUUGGAUACUAUUGUGACAGCUGGCAUGCAUGCUAUUUCCCGUCAUUUCGAGUUCGAAGCGGAUCGUUUCGCCUGUGAGCUUCACCAAGAGCAUGCCAUACCAGGGUCGCAAGGAAUGGGCAAGAGGCUGGGAGAAGCACUCAUUUCCAUUAUGAUCGACAACUUGGCAACUUUAUGGAUCGACCCAUG